AUGACCGCCACUCCCUUAUUUGCCAUCCCAAUCAAUAAGCGCCCACCGAGGACAUGGGGCACGAUACUCAAGGCUGCCUUGUUUGGCAUCCUCUUUAGCUGGGCAUGCCUUAUGAUAAACGUCACCCAAUUCGUCUUUAUGCUACCUCUCCGCAUACUACCCUUCAGAUGGUCAAGGAAACUCUACUACGCUGGCAUCCGGUACACCAAAGGUGCAUUCGGUGCCCUCCAGAUCCUCAUGAGCCAAUGGUUCGCACCCACCACGCUUUUGGUAACCUUUGAAACAGAAGGCAUGGGUCGCUUCACGCAAGAGCAGAUCGACCAAUAUGUUAUUAGAGACAGCGAGGGCCAUCCCGUAGCUCUGGACUUGCCCACCAAGUUCGUGUUGAUAGCCAACCACCAGAUCUACUCUGACUGGUGGUAUGCAUGGUGUUUCACUUAUUUCACGAGCCGUCACGAUGUGCACCGUUACGUCUUUAUUACACUGAAGAAUAGUCUCCGCUGGGUGCCCAUAGUUGGUUGGGGCAUGCAAUUCUUCAAAUUCAUAUUUUUGGCUCGUUCUUGGGCAUCUGACAGACAACAACUGGCGAUUGACCUUGCCUCACUAGGCAGGGAGGCGGAACGGGAGGGCAAACCCUUGUGCUUUUUGCUAUACCCUGAGGGCACACUCGUUAGCAAAGAUACGCGGCCAAGAAGUAAGAAAUACGCGGACAAAAUGGGAAUUACGGACAUGAAGAACAUGCUGCUGCCCAGAUCGACAGGCUUGCACUACAGUUUACGUUCCCUAGCGCCGAGGAUACCAGAUUUGCGGUUAUUCGACAUGACCGUCGCAUACCCAGGAAUUCCGCCGCUGGGAUAUGGGCAAGACUAUUACACCCUGAGAUCAAUCCUUUUCGACGGCGUUUCUCCCCCAGCCGUCCACAUACAUCUGAGAAUGUUCGACGUAACUAAAGACGUGCCCAUUGGUGACUUAGCAGAUGCAUCUGGUGCCAGAUCUCCGGACCUGAACGCUAGACGGAUUGUUGAAGUUGACAUACCGAGCGAGGAGAAGGAUGUGUUCGACGUCUGGCUUCGAAAACUUUGGCAAGAGAAAGACGAAUCCAUGGAUCACUAUUACGAGACAGGUACUCUAGGUUCGGAGGACAGCCCAACCGUCGAGAUUCCCCUAAAGUUGCGGCGGAAACGAGAGAUUCUGGAUGCAUUCUGCUUUUUCUGGCUAGAGGGUCUUCGAAAUUUGUGGAGUAGAAUACGAGGGUAA